AUGUUCUUUCCUUCAUUGAUCCUGGCUGCUGGCAGCCUGUCUACCCUCAUUCAAGCCGUUCCCCAUGGCGCGAGCGGACACCACAACUUGCACCGUCGCGGCGCCUUGUCCGCCGCCACCUAUGCUAUGAUGGGUGGCAACGGCGAGGUCUCGGACGGAUGGCCCUCGCUUUCCGACUGGAAAGAGUACGACGUUCUCUGGGAACUCAACAAGAUCCUUAUUUCUUCAGCUUGCGACAAUAGCGACACGGAGACGGACAACAUCAACGAACACAUCAAGUCGAUCGCCAGCUCCAGCGGCGUCGACGAGCGCUUCAUCCUGGCCAUCGUCAUGCAGGAGAGCAAGGGCUGCGUCCGCGUCCAGUCCACCAACAACGGCGUCCAGAACACUGGCCUGAUGCAAAGCCACGACGGCUCCGGAACUUGCGUCGGCGUCACCCCCUGCCCAUCCAGCAUGAUCAAGCAGAUGAUUGAGGAUGGUACCAUUGGAACCUCCGCCGGCGACGGCCUCCAGCAGUGCUACCAAGCCCAGAGCGGGAGCGAUGCCACCAAGUACUACAAGGCCGCCCGCACCUACAACUCCGGCUCCAUCGACGCCUCCGGUAACCUCGGCCAGGGUGGUGCCACUCACUGCUACGCCUCUGAUAUCGCCAACCGUGUCCGUGGCUGGGCUGGUGAUGUCAGCGUGUGUAUUGAAGGCACCAUUGGUACCUUGACCAGCGGCACCGAGUCGUCCACCUCUGACUCUUCCGACUCCGGCUCCGACAACUCUGGCAGCUCCUCUUCGUCCACCUCUACUGCUGCCGCAGAGACCACUCAGCCUGCGGAAACCGUUCAGCCCCAGCCCACCGAGUCCGCCGCCCCAACCACCACCCCUGCUGCCGCCUGGACUCCCGAGGUCAACGUGCAGAGCGCCGCGCCAACCCCAACCCCCACCCCAUCCUGGACAACCAAGUCUGCCCCAGCGGCAACAGCUAACGCGGCCCCCGCCGCCUCGUCCACCGAUGCGCCUAUCUACCCAUACGCUUCGUCUUCCUGCCAGGAGUACUACACAGUCAUGAAUGGCGACAUCUGCAACGCCGUCAGCGAAACUGCUGGCAUCUCAUUCUCCCAGCUGCGAAGCUUGAACUCGCAGCUCGAUGAGAACUGUGAUAACCUCUGGCUUGGAUACCAGUACUGUAUCAAGGCAUAG